CAGCACAUGUCAUUCGGCAACGGUGCGAUUGAGCCAUGGGUGUAAAGAAACACCACAGAGCGCUUUUGUGUUUUGGAGCGGCCAUUUUCAGUGUGAACGACCUAUGGGUGUUUAUCAAUGCAUCUCAGUACGGAGGUUCUGGGAGAUUUCGCGCCAUCAGCUGCAAAGUUGAUCAACCUGGCGUUGUGGACACGGUGUGGGCCACGAGUGCUAGACCAAACCCUCCAAGCAAGGAUGAGGCUGAAUGGGAGAAAGAGAAGAAGUCUCGGCGGCAAAGGCUCCGCUCUCAACAGGAAACCAGCCCUGAUCUCUUUGCAUCGAAGAGUUCAGGAAAGGGUUUAGCGAAGGACAUCAAAGACCGCAUCCAAGAAACUGGAAGGGCAAUGGUUCGAGCAGUGGGACCAGCAUCUACACACCAAGCAUUGAAGGCCAUCGCAGCUGCAAAUGCGAUGCUUCAAGGAACCGAUUUGUAUGGUGACCAGGUGGUGGCCACAGUUCCCUCCUUCAAGCAGAUUCGCUUGGAGAAGGAGGAGGCAACCACCGUGACCUUCCUGAACUGCAUGCUGUUACCACGGUCUCGGAACACGGCAUCUGUGGAAGCAACCCAGGUCCUUGCAACAGGCUCAAGAGCAAAGAUCUCAAAGAUGUCUGCUGCCAUCAAGAACAGGAUCAGGGAGAGCUCUUUGGCGGUAGUUCUUGCUGUUGGUUCUCAGCAAGUUUCGUUUUCGGUCAAGGCCGUGGUGCAAGCUGGCCGUUUCCUGCGAGAAGAUCAGGGGGCAGUUGGUGAUGCCGUGAAGGUGCCGUCCAUCGCACUUAUUCCACGGCUUCAUGAGUUUGCGCCAAAGACGACAAGACCUAGGAAAGAGAUGAAGAAAGGUGAAGAUGAUGCUGUGACCAUUGGUAUGAGGCUGGAAUGUGUUGACACUUCUGAGAGAUUUAAGGAAGAUCGUAAAAGUAGUUCGUCUUCGAAAGAAGCACUGCCCCCAUGGGAGCAGGAUGUCCGGACACACAAGUUUCCGGCAGAGCACCUUCGUUUGCCCCAAAGAUUACUAGCAACUCAGAUCCGAUUUGGCUUCGGUGCGAGAGCGGGUGAGGUGAAACCACAUUCCAGAGCUUGA